AUGAAAAUGAUAUCACUUGGGUUGGUCUUAUCAAUCUGUGCUUUUGUAUAAGUAAUUGGAGAGCCAGUUGUUGUGUCAUAGUCGUUCACAGGAAAUAACUUUGCUGAUGCUGAUGGUGAUAUAAUAUUUGCUAAUAAUGUAGGCUGGGUAGUAGUUGGGGGAUAACCUCAUAUUACAGAAUGCAGUGGCACAAAAAUGUUUGGAGGUUUUGGUAAAUUUGGAGCCAGAGCUGUAGCAAGUAAAGUUGUUGAAUUACCACCUCAUUAUAUGAUUAACUUAAAGAUACAAUUCUGGAAGUAUGAUACUUUAAUUAACUUUUAGAAUUGAUUCAUGGGACAAUGAAGAAGGAUAUAUCUUUGUGGAUGAUUAAUUAGUAUGGUCAAGAAAAUUCUAAUACAAUGAAGGUGAUGGAUAAAAAUGUGGUUAAGGUGGUGAUUGGAAAGAAAUGACACUUAAUCUAAACUUGAAUAUUAAACAUACAGGUCCAACAGCAAUAGUUGUUAUUACAUCAAACUUAAAUGAAGCUGCUGAUAAUGUAAGAUAUACUUAUAAAUAAAAUAGGAAUCAUGGGCUAUCAGAGAUUUUAUUUUAUCAGUUGAAAAAUGUCCAGAUGGAUGUGCUGCAUGUUAAGCAGAUGAUAAAUCAGAAAAUUGUAAUUUUUGGUAAUCAUUUGCUGCAAGUUGGGGUGCCAUAGAUUCUAAUUAAUUAGGAUCUGAUGGUUGGGAAGUUACUGGUGGUGCUGCUCAUUCAACUUAAUGUGGAGGUAUUUAAUAUUUUAAUAAUUAUAGCUGCUGCUUUGUUUGGAGGUUUUGAUAAAACAGGCGCUAAAGCUGUUGUUAGUAAAGUUUUAAAAAUCAAACCACAUUACAAACUUAAGAUUAAGGUUCUUUGGGCCAAGAUUGACUCAUGGGAUAACGAAGCUGCUUAAAUUAAAAUUGAUGGAAAAUUAGUUUGGGAAAAAAGAUUCUGGUGGUAUGAAGGUUACUUUGGUAAAAUUUGUGGUGCUCCUGUUUUUGAAUGGAAAACUAUUUUUUCUAGAUAGGAAAUAGAUGUUGAUCAUACAGGAGAAACAACAAAAUUUGAAUUUACAUCAACACUUGAUUGGCCACCAAAUGAUGAGUCUUUUGGUUUAAGAGAUUUAUAUAUUUUCUAUGCAGCAUGUUCUGAUAAUUGUGCUGAAUGUACAGGACCAAAAGAAUCUGAUUGCAAAAGUAUUUAAUAUAUAUAAUUUUAUAGAAUGUGCUAAUAACUGGGCUUUAGUUGGAGGUAAAUGCUAAGCUUUACCAAACUUCAUUUUAUUAGAAUAAUCUUUCUUAGAAGAUAAAUUCACUGGAAUUAAUGGUUGGAUACUUAAAAACAAUAAAGCAGGAAGAUAAAUUAAUGAAUGCAGUGGUAAAUCUAUGGUUGGAGGAUAUGAUGUUAUGGGUAUAGGCGCUAGUGCUACAAAAACAUUUGAGAUUCCACCACAUAAGAGACUUAGAUUGUAAUCCACACUCUAUAAGAUUGAUUCAUGGGAUGGAGAAUUUAUGAUUAUUAGAGUUGAUGGUGCUGAUGUUUGGAAGACAUCUUGGAAUCUCUAAACUGGAGGUGCCAAUUUCUGUGGUUGGGGUGUUUUUUGGGAUGGUAUUGUCAAUGUUGAUGAAAUCUUCAAUCAUUAAGCUCCUAAGGCUGAAAUAGUCUUCACAUCUACUUUAGAUCAAGAUGCUGCUGAUGGUAAUUUCUAUUAUAACAAUAUUUAGAAUCAUGGGGUUUCAGAGAUUUCAAAUUAUGGUAUGAACCAAAAGAAUCAUGUGCCAUUUUCUAUAGUGAAUGUGAUUUCAAGGGAGCUUCAUUUGAAUUCUGUUCUAAAUCACCGAACUUCUAAAAUGAUAACAUUCCACCAUAAAUUAGAUCUAUUAAGGUCCCACCAUAAGGAAGAGUUACCUUAUAUGAAAACACAGAUUAUAAUGGAAAGAAGGUUACUUAUACCUCAGAUCAAGCUUGCAUCCAAAACUUCGAUGUAAUUAUUAUUUUCAUCUAAUUUAUUAGUUUGCAUUUAUUCAAAAGAGUGCACAUGUUGAAGGUGGUUGGGUUGAAGUUCAAUAAUGA